AUGAAGGAUGUUCAUGAAAGCGCUCAGCGUAUCAUCGAUUCUGUGAUUUCAACACGGUACAUCCCAACCAUGUGUGAAUGGUUUGGAUACCCGGCUGUAAAUGACUCGCGUAAGUGGGAUGACGAUUUCUCUGAUUUCCUCGUUGCAAUCAUGGACAUGUUUAUUGUUAUCGACACUUAUAAGUACCAUGGAGAAGAAGUGUGGCACGCUUGGACCACAUAUUACGACCUUCUCGUCAAACUUCCUGGGACGUUUUGGGAGGAAGAGUCGGCGAGGGAUUGGCUUGAAAACGUGGCAGUCGAGUUGAAGCACUUGGGCCGCUACCACCCAUCUCAUCCCAGAAGGAGUGCACCUAGUGGCCAUAGGGAGCGUCGAGUAAGACAUGAAAAGCAGAAAGAUCGCGUGAGAAGCAAUGACCAAGAAAUCCGAAUACAACAUGACAUGAGGGAAGAUCGGUCGGAGAGAACUGAACGACGGGACGACAGAGGACGAGGUGGCAGGCAAGAAUACCGAAUUGAAAGUGAGCGAGAUAUUGGAAUGGAAGGCGACGAAGGGGAUAAGCAAGGUCUGGCAAGUAUGCGUAAACUUAGUGCUGUACUGGAGGAGGAGAUAGAAGCCGCAGAAGACUAUCGAUUGUUCCGCGAAGAUCUGAUCAGUCCACUCCGUGAUGGCAUAGCAGUGUAUAUUCAAAACGGUAGUACUCGAUUCCACAGGUGUACGGAGGAUUCUGGGAUGUUGACCUCUGAUCUGCUAGUAUUCGAAGUAGAGAAGGUUCUAGGAUUGGAAGCUCAUUCAUUCGAUGGUGUUCCUCUUCGAUAUACAAAGCUCACGUCUCAGUCAAUCUCAGACCCUGCAUUGCCUCGACAUUUAAUGUUCGGUCAGAUAGUGUGUCUGUCGUCAGACGGUUUCCGCGAAGAGUUGCAUUUGGCCAAAAUCGUGGAGCGUGAUGAUACGGAGGAGAAUGGUAUUAUCGGACUGUCAUUGCUCUAUGAAGACGGCACUAUAAAGAAGAACUGUCCUUAUCUUGUUGCUGAGCCUAACUGUUACUUGGAGGCUUACCAGCAUGUACUAUCCGUGUUAAAGAGCUUCAGCAAGUGCCACCCACUUCCAAUGGAACGCUACAUAGUUCACGGCAAAGUCGACGUGCGGAAGCCGCUAUACAUGAGAUUUGAAGAAAACGUCGAAGAUUUAAUCGAUGAUUCAGAAUUGUUGAAGCACUACACUGAUAUAGAAAAUCAAGACGAAUCCAAGGGAACGUCUAAAGAAGCAGGUUCCAAAGUGAAGUGCAAGAAAACGCCUACUAUCUAUAGCGAGAGCGAUAGUGAAGACGAUUGGGAGACUCCCAUAAUGAAGCCGGUAGGACGAGUUGUUAAUAUAGAAGGGCAGUCACACAUUGUAGUUGAUGGAGCCAGCUAUGAGAUAGAUAAGAUGCCUGACGAUUUCAAACCAGAAAAACUUGACGAAAGUCAGCGACAAGCAGUGAUCCAUGCGCUUACCAACGAGCUAGCUAUCAUCCAGGGUCCUCCUGGGACAGGCAAGACUUUCAUCGGUGUGGAAAUCGCACGUAUAAUUCUUCAAAAUCGAAUUCGGUGGGGCAUUAUUGAGCCGAUUCUUGUGGUUGCCUACACAAAUAAUGCCAUCGAUGGCUUUGCAGAAAGGCUUCUGAAAGAGAUAUAUUCGGACAUGGAAAAAGGAAAUCUGCAACAUGAUGGACCUUUGGUGGUUCGUCUCGGUACAAAGUCGGAAAGCGAUUAUUUGAAGAGAUCAGGUAUCAUGCGAAAUGAAGUAGUGUCAGCUUUUCCGGAGCUAAUCACUGAAAAAGUCAGUGCAGAAUUUAAUGGUGCGAUGAAAAAUAUGAGAGAAGCAUGUAGUCGUCUAGCGGAAGCCAGCCUCAUUAUGCACAUAUUCAAGAGGAAUCUCGCCUGCUAUAAAGUUUUAGCAAAGAACAAUAUCAUACCUGAAAAAUUUCGGAACGAAUUUCUAGCAUGGCAAGCAACACAUUGUGAUUCGUUAGGCAGAAAGCUUGACCAGCAAGCUGUUGAAAGCGACGAUGCAUAUGAUGAGGUGUACCUUACCGAACAAAAAUGGGAUAUUUCGAAGAGAGGUUCUGUUGAAAAAAAUGUCAUCCUUCUAGCGAAUCGCACCAAAGGCUACUGCCAGAAAUCAAUGGGCAAAGCGAAUAUAGCAGUGGACAAGGUUUUAGUCAACGAGUGCUCUGAAGCUCAAGAACCAAUCGUUCGGAGAGAUCGCGCUCGUGAGCAGCUGCCUCGUCUCAUGGAGGAGUUCCGAGUUGAAUGUGAGGCAAUGAAGAGAGCUCGAAUUAAACGUCAUGCGGAGGUUGUUUUUGCGACAACUACCGGUGCGGCAAAAGAACGAGAGUUGCUGAUGAGAUUGCGCUGCCCGAUCGUUUUCGCCGAAGAGGCCGCUUGGCAUGCUUUUUACCAACUGUUCGAGCAUGUUGUGCUCAUAGGUGAUCAUCAGCAGCUGAGACCAUCUCCUGCUGUAUAUGAGUUGGCUCGUGAGUAUAAUAUGGAGGUUUCGAUGUUUGAACGGUUGGUGAGAAAUGGACAUCCUUACCGUACGCUCCAGGUGCAACAUCGAAUGAAUACGGACAUUACGAGCAAUAUCAUCAGGCCAUAUUUCUAUGCUGAUGUUGCUGAUGCCGCUUCGGUGUUGGAAUAUCCAGAUGUGCCUGGUAUGGAUAAGAGAUGUUUCUUCUGGAUGCAUGACGAACCAGAAACAACUCCCACUGAUGCGUUGUCGAGGAGCAAUACUCAUGAAAUAGCGAUCAUCACAACGUAUUCCGCUCAACAGGCAGAAAUGAGAGAAGCCAUUAUCACUCACUUUGGUCGAACAGCAAAUGAUCAGCCGUCGGUAGCCGUUGAAACUGUGGACAGUUUCCAAGGAAAG